AUGUCUUCCUCAAGUUCUCUGUCUGAACUUACACAGCAACUUGUCAGCAAAGUUGAGAAAGUUGAAACCCUUACCCCUGAAUCAACUGCCCAAGUUCUAUUCCAGUUAGAAGGACAAUCCCCAGAGCUCAAGAAAGCCCGCCGGGAGCUGCUCGAAAUUACGCAGGAAAUCCAGGUGCGAGCUAGAGGGCCCGCGGAUCUUCUUGAGCAGUAUCAAAUUCAGUAUAAUGCCUUUUCCUGUCUCCGUUGGCUGCUUCACUUCGAGAUCUUUACUCAUGUUCCAACGGACUACAAGCCAGUUUCAUACACAUCCCUCGCCGCUCUUGCAUCCGUGCCUCUCCCCCGUCUGCAAUCCGUCGCACGGAUGGCCAUGACAGCGGGCCUAUUCACCGAGCUGGAUCCCACCCACAUAGCGCAUAGCCCGCUCUCCUUACGUUUCGCAACAGAUGCGCUUCUCCGAGACUGGGCUAUUUUCAUAACGAAAUACGGAGAGCCCGCGACCCAAGCCAUGACCGAGGCGACGGAGAAGUGGGGUGACUCGAAAGCUUUGGAUGAGACGGCGUGGAAUGUAUUUGGAGGCACGACAAAACCGUUCUUCGAGUAUCUCAAGGACGUCCCGGGUAUGGUUGACUUAUUCAGCAGAUAUAUGCAAAGUCAGGGGUUGAGCGAGGGGAUGCGACUGGAACAUGUUCUUGACGGGUUUGACUGGGCUACGUUAGAUGCCAAGGCACACAUCAUCGAUGUUGGCGGAUCAAACGGAUUCGUAUCCGUGGCUCUCGCAAAGUCCUAUCCCGGAUUCAAAUUCACAGUCCAGGACCUCCCUGAGGCCGUUGAAGCAUUAUCUUCAACACUAUCAGGACUCCCUGAUACGAUUACUUCCCGCAUCCAGUUUAAAGCACAUAGUUUCUUCGACCCUCAGCCUCCGCAUCAGCCCGGUUCGUCUUCACCCGAUGUGUACCUCCUACGAAAGAUUCUACACGACUGGCCUGCAGCCCGCGCUCGCGAGAUCCUCUGUCAACUAGCGAUAGCUUUACGAGACGGAAAGAAGCUUAGCGCACGGAUUAUCAUUAUGGAUAUUAUCCUACCUGCUCCCGGCACGAUUGAGCGGACUCAGGAGGCUAUGCUGCGCGUGCGAGAUCUUUCCAUGGCGCAAGCUUUCAACAGCCAAGAGAGAAAUCUAACAGACUGGAAGGAGCUGUUCGAAAGCGCAGAACCGAAACUGCAAUUAGUGAACUGGAAGCAGCCUCCGGGGAGUGCAAUGGCUGUGAUGGAAGUGGGCUUGGCUGAGUAG